AUAAGCUUUUGAUGGAUGGAAACGGUUUAUUGCGAAUUCCAAUCCUUCCCAAGUAAUUCAUUACCUGUAUAUAAAAUAGAAGUACAACAAAAAUAUAAUUUGGUGAACUCGGUAGCGUCCAUUGAAGUCCAGUGAAAAUGGGGAAGAUCAAUUGGAAGUCCAUCUCUGCAACCCUUAGAGACUCUCAAAUGGAGUUUUUUUAUUUGAUUUUCAUGUAUGGUCUAUCAGUUCAGUCAACCGUUGUUACUCAAUUAAUUGAAGAUAAAAUUUGUUUAAAUAAAUUUGGAUUUCCUUUGAAUGAUUGUUUGGCUGACAAGUCUGAAAAUAAAACGCUGGUCCUAAAGGAGACUUCAAUCAUCUCAAGCUACCGUUCAAUUCUUGGUAAACUUCCAGCCAUUUGUACGACACUCUUUGUUGGUUCGUGGAUCAACAAUUAUCCCAGUCACCUUAAAUUCAUCAUUACCAUGCCAUGUAUAAGCAGUAUACUUCAAAUCCUGAUUUACAUUGGUAACGCAAUCUACUUUGAAUUGGAUCCAAAGACAGUUCUGAUCGUCGAUCUGUUUCCCUGGAUUUUUGGAACCAUCAGAAAUACUUUUAUGGCUCUGCAAACCUAUGUUGUGUUAACUAAUCCACCUGAGAAAAGGAUCAUCAAAUUUGCUUCAAUAGACGUUGCCAGUUUAACCGGUUCAAUUGCUGGUCAGUAUAUGGGAGGUUGGAUUCUUGAUCAAAAACCUUGGUUUCCAAAUCAAGUUCACAAUUAUCUUGGAGUUUUCAUAAUCUCAUUGACAUUCAAAGUGAUUUCAGUUUUGUUUUUCAUCUUUAAAGUACCAACCGUUUAUAAAGUGAAUGAGAAACGAGUUGCUCGCAAUCCUGAUUAUGUUAAAUACAAUUUACCUUUUAAAACUCAGCAAUCGGUGGAAAGCAAAUUGUCUUUUCAUAAUAAAGGAGCAAUCAAGGAAUUUAUAAGAAAAGUUUUCUCUCUUGAAGCAUUGAAAAAGCUGUUCAGAACUUUAACCAAGCCUAGAGAUGCCGGGAAAAAGCAAGCUCUGUUGUUGCUUGUAGUGGCCGAGAUUGUAUUACACAUUGAGUUUUCCUUCAGAGGCUCUGUUUCAUUCCAGUUUUCACAGAAAGCCUAUGGUUGGUCUAAUUAUCAGUAUUCAACUUAUCAUGCUGCUGUCAGGGUUAUUCCAGCUGUUAUGCAGUUGAUUGGUCCACGAAUUUUAAUCCAAAGACUUGGUGUCUCUGAUAUUAAUCUUGGUUUAAUGGCUAUUGCUUCACACACUGCUGAACAAAUUAUAACUGGUGCAUGGUUAUCAUCUGCUGGUUUCAUUGCGGCAACUCUAUCUGGUGCUGUUGCCUUCCUAUUUGGAUCUGCUGUUCGUUCAAUCCUUUGUAAUGUUGUGGAAAGAGAUGAGAUUGCAGGUGUUUUCAGUUUACUUUCGGUGUUCAGUUCAAUUUUAACUCUCGGCACUGAUUGGGUUUUGAUUAGGCUGUUUAACGCUACACUUUCAUUUUAUCCUGGCCUCGGUUUUCAUAUGUUUGCUGGUGCUGCAAUAAUUCCCUUCUCUGUCUUUAUGUGGAUCAAAUUCAAGUUGCCCCAUUUGGUCACCAAAAAUAUGGCGAAACGCAAACCAGAUAAUGUUGAAACGGGAGGUAAAGAUAAGCAAACUGGUGGAGUCGAUAACAAUGGUUUUGCUAUGACUGAACAAGUAACUGAACCAGAACAGAAAGAAGGCGAAGUUAAAUAUUAACCAAAAUCCAUCUUAUUAUAGAUGAACCUUUAUUGCUAAUCUUUAUUAUAAAUUAUCUUAAUUUUAAAUUAUUGUUAAUUUUGUUGUAUAUUCCCAUGCCGAUAUGAAGCCAUUUGCCAAAAUAAUAAAAUUAGAUCAUAUGUACACUUUAAA